UGACGCCUCAGAAAACGCAUAGUGGUCUCUGACCUUUGUAAUGGCGACUCGCAUGCUGAGAAAUAUCCUCGGCCAAGGUUGCAAGAAUAUAAAUAGGAAAUGUUGUAAAAGAUACCUUUGUAGUAGUAGAGAGGCAGGGGGAAAUGCUGACAUACCUAUGAAAAAUGUGCCUCUAUCAUCAAGGCCUCCAAACUUUCCCCCACCAAGGUAUGCCGUGGCUGACAAAACACAACAUGAGACCCAGGUGACGGUACUAGACAAUGGCUUACGAGUGGCGUCGGAGAAUAAAUUUGGGGAGUUUUGUACUGUUGGUGUAUUGAUCGACUCUGGUUCAAGAUAUGAAGUAAACUACCCCAGUGGUAUAAACCAUUUCCUGGAGAAACUGGCUUUUAGUAAAACAACAAAUUAUGAAAAUCGAGAUAAAAUCAACCAAGUGUUAGAGAAAGUUGGAGGCAUUUGUGAUUGUCAGUCUUCAAGAGAUACAAUGAUAUAUGCUAUGUCAUUAGAAAGAGAGGGACUACCUGAGGCGUUAGAUAUACUGUCUGACGUAGUUUACCAGCCUGUCAUCGGUGACGAGGAGAUUGAGAUGGCACGACAGGCAAUUGGAUUUGAGCUAGAGUCUCUCCGUAUGAACCCUGACCCUACGGCACUGAUGGUAGAGAUGAUCUUUGCUGCUGGAUACAGAAAUAAUACUCUAGGGCUACCGAAGAUCUGUCCAGCUGGUAACCUCAGUAAGAUAGACAAUCGUUUACUGUACACAUAUAUGAACAGUUACUAUGAUCCUAAGAGGGUAGUGUUAGCGGGUGUUGGCAUCGAUCAUGACACCCUCGUCAAUAUGGCGGAGAAACAUUUCGUCACAAAGUCACCGAUUUGGACGGAAAACAAAUCUCUGAUUUACCCUUCCAAAGGCAUGGAUUGUUCUAUAGCACAGUACACUGGAGGACUGGUAACUGAAGAACAAGAUUUAUCAGAUGUUAGUCUCGGACCAAAUCCAAUGCCAGAGCUUGCGCAUUUAGUUAUUGGACUAGAGAGUUGCUCACACAGGGACGAUGAUUUUGUAACAUUUUGUGUACUAAUGAAUUUACUAGGAGGCGGGGGGUCAUUUUCUGCGGGCGGACCUGGGAAAGGCAUGUACACUAGACUUUACCUGAAUGUGUUGAAUAAGCAUCAUUGGAUAGAAAUGCGCAGGCUACAAAUCACGCUUUUGCCGGACACGGGGAUGUUUCUCGACAAACUGACUGAGGUUAUAACUAAAGAAUUAGUCAAUACAGCCGGGCAGACACCACAGAGCUAUAAAGAACAGCUUCUAGUCUAUGCUGUUGAUGAACUUGGACACAAGUUUCCUGUUGUGUUUGAGGACUGUAGGGCAGAAAAAGUGACAGCGGAAGAUAUAAGCCGCGUGGCACAGAAAAUGUUAAGAACAAAGCCGGCUGUAGCCGGGUAUGGAACACUACAGAAAUUACCUGACCUGGACACUAUACAAAACUUGAUACUUAAUAAGAGUAAACCCAAGCUAUUCUCACUGUUUGGAAGAUGAAAUGAUGCAGAUAUACAUGUAUAACUAAAAUUACAAAAAUGUAUAAUUGAGAAAUUAAUGUAAAGUGAGUGCAAAAUACCGUAUAUCUCCUUCACAGCAGUAUUCUUUUAGGAGAGAUAAAAUUCUGGUUGUUCAGAAAAGGUGUUGCUUCAGUGAAGUGAAAAUUAGAUUUAUUGUGAAUUUUUGAUACUGGUAGAAAAUGACACAGUUGUUGUGAAGAGGUGAUUGCUCAACGAAGGGCCCUUUCUGAAGAGGUUACACAGUAUUUCAAAAUGAACAGGAUAGUUCUCGAGACCUAGAUUGUCUGAGUAAUUAUAAUGUUAAGAAAUUCAGUGGAAGGCAUCAACCAGCUAUUAUUUAUGUUGAAAUGAAAAUAGAUGUUGUGUCAAUGUGGAAAAAAAGUGUACCCCACCCACAUUACUUUUAGUUUUGUGUUUCUAAAAUAAAUGCAGAGUUUUAAAGACGGAAACAAAACAAAACCUGUCUUAUUAUUAUACUUGAAGUAAAACAUCAGACUUUGGCAGAACAGUGUACAGAGUGAUUAUUUUUGUUGUAAAUAUUUAUUUAGUUUUACAGAUUGUUGUAGAGAGUAAAGUUUCUGUAUAUUGUUUCAUGAUUGUAUUAACCUGUAUUAACCAUGUGAAGUGAGUCAGACAUACCAGAAAGUACUGUUAGAUGUACAUUUGUAAGUUAAGAAUAUUUUACCUAUAAUAUUGUGUGUAUAAAUCACAAUGAUAAUUUCAGUUUACAUAAUUAUGUUUGUUGUUAAUUAUAGACCAUAUUUGUUAAAGGCUCAUUAAGCCCUGAUAAUAAUGAUAUUACUUGUAUAUUUCUCAAAAACUUGGUACUUGUAGUGUCAGGUGACCUGUUUGCAGAAGGCUACUCCUUGGUCAUAUAACUUAUCUCUCAUGGUUUUGAAAUGAUUGUUUAAUUUUACGCCUUUUCCCCAACAGUACUUCAGUCAUAUAGGCGAGUAGUUUCCUAACCAUCGUUCCUAGAGAGUUAACCAGUACUAGACUACCUUCCUCCACGCUAAACUACCAAAGAAUCUCCAGGGGAUCAAACCCACGCCAGAGAGGUAACUGGAUUAGAAGUCAUCGACACUAACCUCUUGACCACGGAGGCGGUUGUUUUGAAAUGAAAUACAGUUGUAGUGGUGUAGUAUUAUGUAUGGAAGUACUUUGUUUACUUCAAUGAUUAUUUCCCUUUCAUCAGGUGGUUAUCAACACACAUGCACUUAAUCCAAUUUAGGGGCAUCCGUGGCCGAGUGGUUAAGGUCGUUGACUUCAAACCACUUGCCCCUCACCGCUGUGGGUUCGAAUCCCGACAUGGACUUUGGAUUCUUUCAUGUGAGAAAGCUAUCCAGCUAGCUUACAGAACGUUGGUGGUUCUCCUCAGAUGCUUGCUUGUGCCUGAAAAAAUGCACGGAAGGGCACCUGAGGUCUUCCUCCACAAGUAAAGCUGGAACGUCGCCAUGUGAUCAAUACUGUGUUGGUGUGACGUAAAACCCAAUCAAACAAACAAACUUAAUUCAAUUUGAAGUAGUAAAAAAUUACAUGUUUGCUCUUUGUAAAGGAAAACAAAAAUGAACUGUAAAAAUGUAGAAGAUGAAACCCUGGCCAUGUUUUGCCAAAAGUCCAGUUUUCAGAGGUUAUAUAUAGUGAUUUAUUUAUCAAUGGAUUUGGAGUUUAAAUCAUCCGAUUUUCAAAGUAUUAAGGUUUUUUAGAAUUCCAGUUUUACUAUACUAAUUUCGAGGGUAAGUGUGCCUUGAAAGCUUUAAGUUUUUGCCGUGGAGUCAACAAGCUAUAAUAUAUUGAGCCGCGCCAUGACAAAACCAAUAUUAUGGGUUUGCGACCAGCUUGGAUCAAGACCAGCCUGCACAUCCGCUCAGUCUGAUCAGGAUCCAUGCUGUUAGCUAUCAGUUUCUCUACUUCUUAUAGGGUUUGCAAGCGAACAGCAUGGAUCCUGAAUGGGUAGGCUGGUCUGGAUCCAUGCUGGUCGCAAACGCACUUUGUUGGUUUUGUUGUGAAGCGGCUUAAAUUAUAUGUGUGUGUAGAUUUUGGCUGUAGUUGUGUUGAACUCUGAGACAUUGGUGCAGUUAUCUGACACCAACUUCAUCAUAUAUACAUUAAAUUACACUCAUUCCUUUAAAGGCACAUUAAGCCUCAGAAAUGAUUCAGGUAUAUGGCCAAUGAGUACAUUUUUGGAAACUCUAGGAUACCAAAAAUAUGAAAAAAAAUUUAUGAGAAAUAAAAUAAGCAGCAUUUUGAGGCUUGUGGAAUUGACCAGCUGACAAGUUUUUACCUGUCUAUAGAUCAAAAUGAAAAUUUGAAGUAAGCUGAUAUUUUCUUUUCAAAUUUAAACAACUGUUUCUUUUUACCAGUUCAUUUUGUUUUGUCAGUAUUUUAAGCAGUCUUAUUAUUUUCUUUUUGGUCAAAUUUUUAAUUUUAAUUCAGUCCAUUUUGUGCCAGAGAUGUAAAACAGCCUAUUUUUGUAGUCAAAGAUUGGAAAAACAUUUAAAUUUCUUUAACUUAUGCUGAAAGAUUGAGAAACUUUUAGGCCGCCGCCAAAUUUUUGGCCAAAUUGAUUGAUUUUGAAGCACAUUUUACUGCAAAGAAAAAUUUUUUUUAAAAGAAAAUAUGACAAAAAGUGAGUCAAUUGUACUUUGUCAAAAAAUGCUAUGCCGUUAUUUGUUAUUUUGAAAAUUAUAACAACAAUAAUUAUAUACAUUGUAUUUCAUACCAUAUUGUUAAGAAAUAUUGAUCAUUAUUCAAAACCACAGGAACUUGAAAUUCUAUCAAAUAACUAAUAUUAAUCAUAAUAUCCAAAUAUACCCCUAUAUGCUAUAAAAAAAUUUAUAGUAUAUAGGGGGUAUAUUUUGCAUAUUAUCUUUAAUAGUGAUAGAAUUUCAAGUUCCUGUGUUCAAAACUAACAAAUGACAACUGAAUGUUGAUUAUUGAUGAGUAAAUAAAAACACAUGAAAAUCUA